AUGACAGUGUCGUUCCAGACCAGCGAUAUUGGUGACCCAGGGCCCUAUCCAGCCUUCGUCGAUGCUCGUGGUCCAGCGGGCGUCGGUGAUGUCCAAAAUGUUGCCAAAGCCAUCGCGGAGGCGAAACGGAUCGUGGUUGUCUGUGGUGCAGGAGUCUCCGUAGCUGCUGGAAUUCCCGACUUUCGAUCCUCCGAAGGUUUGUUUCGUACUCUGAAGGCGGGUAAUCCCAAGGAGCUUUUGACCUCGGGGAAAGACUUGUUUGACGCCAGCGUCUUUAAUACCCCACAAACUACCUCUCUUUUCUACAAGAUGAUCGCUGAAUUGUCGAGUAUGUCGUCUACCGCCCACCCUACCGCCUUUCACGAAUUCGUCAAGUUACUUGACGAUCGGGGACAGUUACUGCGCCUAUAUACACAGAAUAUUGAUAAUAUUGAAGAAAAAGUCGGUCUGUCUUGUGGCGUUCCCCACUGGGAGACACAGAAACGUAGUCACUCUUCGCCCACCAAAACACCCAAGAAACAACCACCUCCCGCAACCUCUCCUUUCGUAUCGCCGACACCUUCUGUUCAAUCUGAAAAUCUUUCAGACUCUGGGACCGCAACUAAUGAGUCUCCGACACCUACUCCAACCCCCGCCCCCGCCGAGCCCCAGUGUGUUAUUCCACCCCGAUGCAUACCCCUUCACGGUACCUUAAAGUAUCUCACAUGCCGCCGGUGCUCCCACCAUAUGCCAUUACAAGAGCACGUUGGCAUACUUCGUCAAGGUGCCUCCAUAGCGUGUCCUCAAUGCGCUGCACUUAACUCAGUUCGGCGCAUGGUUGGGAAGCGCGACCGCGGCGUUGGCACUAUGCGUCCAUCUGUCGUUUUGUAUGGGGAAGUUCAUCAGGAUGGAGAAGGCGUAGGUGAAUGUGUGCGGAGGGACCUGCUGGGCUUAGGCGAUAGUUCAACUCCUAGAGCCAAAAGUUCUGCGAAACCUGACUUACUGAUUGUUGCGGGCUCGAGUUUGAAAGUUCCAGGCACAAGGCGGAUUGUUCGUGAAUUUGCAAAGGCCGUCCAGGCGAAUCGCUCUUCUUCAAGGCAAUCUGAUAAGUUCUCUGCGCACUCUCCCAGAAACUCCCCCUCUUCGCGAUCUUCGCAUCCGCGCACUGUAAGAGCUGGGAACAAGGAUCCUGACCAGCACCCUGCCACAAUUUACCUCAACCUUGACUUCCCCCUUCCUUCUCGGGAAUGGGAUGGCGUAUUCGACGUAUGGUUGCAAGGCGACGUUCAGUCUGUUAUUCCACACUUUGUGGAAGCAUUGCAUCAGAAGGACGCGGAGAAAGUAACGGGUUCGUCUCGAAAACGCAGGAAGGCCCCAGAC